AUGAAGGAAUUGUCUAAGGGAUAUAAUAUUGUUGGUCUUUCCCAGGGGAGCCUGAUCGGUCGAGGAAUUGUGGAGUUCUGUGAAGGAGCACCACCGGUAAGGAAUUUGAUCUCUGUAGCAGCACCACAAGCUGGCGUUGCUUCAAUACCUCUUAAUGCUGGCGGAACCACUGUUCGUACUAUAGCUAAUAGUAUAAUGAAAGCAGGGGCCUAUUCUGACUAUGCCCAAAAACGGUUUGCUCCGACCGGCUAUAUCAAGUUACCUAAGUUAUAUAUAUUAUUUUGGCAGAAUAUAAAAGGGUACUUAAAAAGCUGCAAGUUUCUUCCGAAGCUCAACAACGAACGGCCUAAUGAUCGAAAUCCUGCAUACAAGAAAAGAUUUAGCAGCCUCAAGAAUCUUGUUCUUAUAAUGAAUGAAAACGACACCACAAUAAGGCCGAAAGAAAGUUCGUGGUUCGGAUAUUACGAAGAUGGAAGCACCAAAAAAGUUCUGCAACCGAGGGAGGUACCAUCAUCUUGUAAUUCCUUAAGCUAUACCCCCAAAGUUUACAUCGAUUUCACAUCUGGUCUCUAUUGUUCACAAAAAAACAGAUUUAUUUCCUCAUGUUUCAACAAUUCAACACCUGUUAGUUUACUGUUAGUCCGUCAGUUAAGACAUGAUGGACACAUGCUUGAUUCUGUUAGUACUAACGGAAAUGUGACAAAUUCACAAUUUAAUUUGCAGACUAAGCUUUACAUGGAGGAUUGGAUUGGAUUGAAAAAAUUAGACAAAGCAGGAAGAGUUAAGUUCAUAAAAGUGGAAGGGAAUCAUCUCCAAAUCUCAGGUGCUGAACUCUUGCACUAUAUUAUUCCAUAUCUGCAGUAAAAUAAUACCCGAUAGUGGCGGCACUGUGGCGGAGCAUGGUGGUGCAUCGGCUGUCACCACCA